GGUUAGGCUCACGUUCAGAACGUCAUGGCGGAUUCCAGUAACUUGCAUGUAAUUAUCGAGCGCGCAGUUGCUGCUGGUGUAAGGGCCGCGCUACAGGCUGGAACAGCCAGCGGUGCUCAACCACCAGAAACUGAGGGACGGGUACGGAUGUCAUCCGUGGGACUACGACAGUCGCAUUCGGGCUGCGGAGAGCCAUCAUGGGCCUGGGGAAGGAUUGGAUGGAAAUUGUGGAAGACCCAGACAAAAUGUCUCAAAAGAAGAAAUGGAACAUUUGCUCUCAUUAAAAACAAAAUUGUCUGACGUUGCAUCCAUACUUGGGAUUUCAAGACCAACUCUGAACAGACUAAUGAGAGAAUAUCAGAUCACUGGACCCACAUUUUCAACUUUAAGUGAUGAGCAGCUUGAUGCUGCUGUAUGUGAGAUAAAAGUCCACCACCCACAUGUAGGAGAGAUAAUGCUAAAUGGCCACCUGCGGUCUAGAGGCAUAUUUAUUCGGAGAAACCGUCUCAGACAGUCUUUAAAGAGAGUGGACUCUCAUGGUAUUGAGGCUCGGAGGAGCAGAACAAUACAGCGACGUCUGUACUCUGUGCCAUGCCCAAAUUACUUAUGGCAUAUAGAUGGUAAUCACAAAUUGAUUAGUUGGAAAUUAGUGGUUCAUGGUGCCAUGGACGGAUUUAGCAGGAUGGUAAUGUUUCUACGGUGCUCAAAUAAUAACCGAGCAGAUACUGUAAAGCACAAUUUCAGACAGGCAGUGUCUGAGUUUGGCAGACCACUUCAUGUGAGAACAGAUCAUGGAGGAGAGAAUGUCCAUGUUUGGGAAGACAUGUGCCAAACCAGAGGAGAAGGUUCUGUCUUCACAGGAAGUUCAGUACACAAUCAGCGCAUUGAACGUUUCAACAGGGACUUAAACAGAAAUUGCAGCCAAGUCUAUGCUCCUGUGUUCUACGCCUUAGAAUCCAUGCACCUGUUGGACCUAGACAAUAAAACUGACCUCUUUAGCCUUCACUACGUUUAUCUUCCAAGGGUCAAUCGUACACUGAAUGAAUUCAGAGCUGCGUACAACCACCACUCUGUGUCUUCAGAGGGAAACAGAACACCACUCCAGCUGUUCAUGGGAGAGAAGCAUCUGUUGUACAUUCAUAAUCCACAUGCUGAAGCUGAGGAAAGAGCAGUUCCCUCACAACCAACAAGUGCUCCUCCUACCAAUGAAACAUUUUGUCCACUGAAUGAAGGAGAUUUACAAGAACUCUCAGAAACAAUUGACCCCCUUGCAAAUGACCACAAUCACGGUAAGACUUUCUUUCAGAGUCCAGGAAUUUAUUUACAACAAAUUAUCAAAUUCCCAGUAAAUAAAUUAAUAGUGGUAUGACCCAGUUUCUUCCAUAGCUAACUUAUGCCCAUAUUAAGUCAAUUUGGUCCCACCUGCUAAUUGCAAAUUACAAUAUGUACUUAUCAAUGUUUAUUUUUAAUUUAAAAAGCUGCUUCUACUCAUGGAAACACCAGCCAUCAAAUACUGGGUUAUAAUUUGCGAUUAGUGAGUGGGUCAAAGUUUUGAUUUAACCUGUGCCUUUCGUUUCCCUGUGAAAACGACUAAUUAUAUCGGUGGUUCUCAACCCUGGUCCUCGUGGACCCGUGUCUGCUGGUUUUCAUUCCAGCUGAGUUGUCAGUUACUUAAUUGAACACUUACCUGAACUAUCUCCACCUGUUUCAGAGCUGAAAACAACAGAAACGGUAAAAAAUAAGCCAAGUAUUAGUUAAAUUAAUGAUUCCAUUAGGUAUUUAAGGGCUCAGUUGGAACGAAAACCAGCAGACCGAGUUACGCGAGGACCAGGGUUGAGAACCACCGAAUUACAUGACUUGUUGCAUAUGUGUUUAACUGCAUUCUUCAACACCAAAACUCAAACACUUCUGAACUGCUUUCAUUUCUAUAAAUGAGGUAAACGUAUGUCUGCUUACUCUGUGCAGUUCAGUGGUGUUCAAUCCUGGGCCCUGCGACUCACUGGGUCGACUGGUUUUUGUUCCAGCUGAUCUAUUCAUUAAUAAAUUGAACUAAUAAUGAGCUUAAGUUACUUGAGCCCUAAUGUGAAAUAUCUUCACGUGUAAGAGCUGAAAACAAUAGAAAAGGUCUUAAGCUCAUUAUUUGUUCAAUAAAGUAAUUAAGGGAUCAGUUGAAGGGAAAACCAGCAGACACGGGUAUGCGAGGGCCAGGAUUGAAAACCACUGGAAUAGUGUAUAUAAAGCUGUUUUAUAUUUUUGUUUUUUGUAUAUCGAUUGUUUUGUUUGUUCUGUUCUUCUGCACUGUACACUGGCUUCCUAUCCCAGGUCUUAUAUUUAAUACCCAUGUCCUUAACCACUGCUGUCUUUUUUUCAAUGUACUCCACUCCAUCCUACCUCCAAUCUCUGAUCUCUCCCUUGUUCCUCUUCUACAGGCUGACUCAAUUUCAAAAUCAGGAAAAUAAAAUUUAAAUUCUUGAAAUCCUAUUUUUGUUUAGUUUAAUAAAGGACAAAUACAAGUGGGCUUAACACUAGAACUGAUGUGAGCAGGAGGAUGAUGGCUGUGUGGUCCAGUGGGGCUUGUAACCAGGAGGUCCCCGGUUCAAAUCCCACCUCAGCCAGUGACUCAUUGUGUGACCCUGAGCAAGUCACUUAACCUCCUUGUGCUCCGUCUUUCGGGUGAGACGUAAUUGUAAGUGACUCUGCAGCUAAUACAUAGUUCACACACCCUAGUCUCUGUAAGUCGCCUUGGAUAAAGGUGUCUGCUAAAUAAACUAAUAAUAAUAAUAAUGGGAAAUGUAGUUCUGAAGGGGUCAAAAUAACUUCAUUGGCAUUUCUAGUCAAAGGUACAUGAAUAUGCACAUGCUGUAAAUUGUAUUAUCAAACUGAAAUGUUAAAGUAGUCUACACAAUAAAUGAGAUGAAUAAUUCAUUAAACUUUAUUAUUUGCACAAAAGAGCUUUAUCUUUAAAAAGCUGAAAAACUGAUUUGGUCGGCUUAAAGUGUACAAUAGCCCGAUUUUCAUGAGUUUUAUACUGCUUGUAUGUCAUCUUAUAUAAGACACGAUUUUUUUUAUUUUUUUAUUAUUCAUGUUUCUGUAUGCUACACAAAUGGACUUGAACCUGAAUGUUUUCUUUAUUUUUAACAAUAAAGGAGGACAACAUUUCUGUCUGUGACAAUCUUAAAUUUAUUUCCACAAUCUGUUUAAUUGUUCUUACGUAAAAAAUAAAUAACCAGAUUGUUGUGAGGGAAAAACAUUAACACACUGUAGUUUAACAAAUUUGUGCAACAGGUGUAUUCCAUGACACGUCCUAGUUGAAUUUUAAGUAAGAAAAAUCUAUAAAAACAAUGUAGUGACAAUACAGAACAUCAUGAACUGGUGAAUUAACAGCAUUUGUAUGUACUUGCCAUUAUGAAUAUGAAAUACUUAAACCACAAAGCUAGUUCAUUGUCAUGUCAAGUACCAAUGUAAAACCACAAGCUUCCUUCCUAUCCGGUUUUCAUUUUCUACUACAUUUACAAAAUCAAAUUG